AGAUGAGGUGACACACACAGAGGGGCCCCCAGCUGCACCUCCAGCAGACAGAGCCUCGGAGAAGCUGCAGCCCAAGAGGCUCCACGUGUCCAACAUCCCCCUUCCGCUUCCGCGACCCCGACCUGCAGCACAUGUUUGGGCAAUUUGGGAAGAUCUUGGAUGUGGAGAUCAUCUUUAAUGAGCGAGGGUCCAAGGGCUUUGGCUUCGUAACGUUUGAGACGCACGAGGAUGCAGAGCGGGCGCGGGAGAAGCUAAACGGUACAAUCGUAGAGGGACGCAAAAUAGAGGUCAACAACGCAACAGCAAGAAUAAUGACGAACAAGAAGAUGUGCACCCCUUAUGUAAACGACUGGAAGCUGAACCCAGUAGUGGGAGCUGUCUAUGGCCCUGAACUCUAUGCAGUCACGGGAUUCCCCUACCCACCCACCGGGGCGCUGUCCACCUACCGGGGAGGACCCGCGAGAGGCCGGGGGCGUGGCCUUUACAGCGCCUUCCGGACCGCGCCCCCUCCCCCGCCCCUCCCCGCCUACGGAGCAGUGCUGUACCAGGACGGCUUCUAUGGAGCAGAAAUUUAUGGUGGAUAUGCAUACAGAUAUGCCCAGCCUGCUACAGCAGCCACCUACAGCGACAGCUAUGGCAGACUCUAUGCAGCGACAGAGCCCUACCACCACGCCAUCAGCCCCUCCCCUACAUACAGUGUGGGCACCCUGAUAAAAGAAGGAGCGCUGUACUGACUAACAAUGGACGUCACACAAGAAGAAGAAGAAGAAGAAGAAGACUUUGGGAGGGGGGGAACAGAACGAAGGAGAAAGGGAUGAGACUGAAAACAGCAUCUUAAAAAAACGGAGGAGAGAAAUCCUCCCAUCCAGACCGACAGAGAGCAUGUGGCACGUCACCACGGCAACAGCACCGCCAGGCAUGCGGGGCGGAGCCAAGGGAUGGCCCUCCCCCCCCCGCUGGGUGGUCGAGAGCGCCCGUCAUCACGAAGCGUUUUUAUUUUUCUACAGCCGUAUGAUUUCACGCAGUCAAAGUAUAUACAGUAUAACUUAUUUUAUAAACGUAUUUUAGUACGGAGGCGUGAUGAAUCCGCGCGGGUGAUUUUUUUGCAUGGUUGCAGGAGUACUUGCUUACGGCUGCGUCACUGGUCGCCAAGGAUACGCUGAUGGGGUGUUUACCUCAACCGACCCUGAUUUGUGCCCCCCCCCCCCCCCACAAACCACUUUGUGGCCCCCGGACCGUGUUUCAGCACCGUCACUGCUAGUCCCGCCCCCUUUAGCACAAACGAUCGAUUGACAGGCAAGCAGACCAACCCACAUACCGAGGGCCCUCAUUUUUCCAUGUCAAUUUGCUUCAAAAUAUAUACCUCUGCCAUCUCGCCCAAAAUACUCAAUUAUUACCCCCCCCUCCAAUGUAAACAUAUAUACGUGCUGUGCUCUCUGCCAAACAAAAAAAACAUUUUCUUCUUUUUUUCUUAACCUGUUUAUGCAAUUCUUUCUAUUUAAAGAUUAAAUUAUACAAAUAAAUGUAUGCACACUGAAAGAUGUCAACUUGUUCUCUUAAUGAACUGCCUUUGUUUUUUUUCCGUUUCUCUAUGCUUUGAAUGCAUUCCAGUACUAUUUAUUACAGUGAACUAUGAUUGUUGUAAUUAUUAUAUUGUUAUUCAUAUUGAUAAUAAAGAUGUCUCUUUUUUCGGUGA